ACCCAUACAUCGCGCCGUCCAGCUGUCCGAGCGUACCGUUUGGCAGCAAGCAGUCGGCGAGAAUAAUUUUCCUCGAGAACGAUUGCGGGAGAGCGACUAAAAGGUCUCGGCGGAUGCUCGAGCACACUACGUAUAAAGAGAUCGGAGUUUCGAAUCGCGCAAGUACGCACGCUCGCGAUCGAAGUGGAAGCUCGAGGUCGCAGAACACGGACGGAGUCACAGAGUGAUAACACCGUCAUCAUUAUCAGCGUACCCGGUGGAAGCCAAAUUUCACCGCGUCUUCGUAACGGUAUCGCGAGGAAAACAGAGCGGCCUUCACGGACGCGACUUGACAAAAGGCAAAGGACGAGUCAAACAACGGGCUCUCUCCUUCUCACUCUCUCGCGCUCUCUACCCCCCCUUCUGCUGUCUCCAUUUCCCUCUCUCUGUCUCUCUCCCUCUCUCGACUUCGCAAAUCCAGAGCCUCGUAAGAAAUAACCCUCGUCUCCGUCCGCGUGUGCGUGCGUAAGCGCGCGCGCGAAUGGGUGUGUGAGAAAGAGAGAGAGCGUGCGUAUGGAUUGUGUGUAUCGUAUGUGCAUUUUCCUACGACGUACGUAAGCCCGUACACGUACAGGACUCGCGUGUGAGUACCGUGAUUUCUUUCAUUCGACUCUGUGCUGUUGGUUAGACAACGCUCACAAGGUGCGAAAAAGGAAGGAGGUCGUCGUCGUGGUCGUCGUCGUCGUCGUAUUCGUCGCGUCACAGUCGUCAUCGCCGUCGGUCGGUUCAUACAUAUACGCGCGCGCACACAUACACCCACGACGAAAAAGAGAGUGAGAAAGAGCCUCUCGUGUGAUCCAUCAUCAUCAUUGUUUAAGAAAAUUAGCAGGGAGCUCAUUCGUAAGGGAUGUCCACCCCUGCGAGGAGAAGACUAAUGAGAGACUUCAAGAGAUUACAGGAAGAUCCUCCAACUGGAGUGUCAGGUGCUCCGACAGACAAUAAUAUUAUGAUAUGGAAUGCAGUUAUAUUUGGACCACAUGACACUCCAUUCGAAGAUGGCACAUUUAAACUUACAAUAGAAUUUACAGAAGAAUAUCCAAAUAAACCUCCCACAGUAAGAUUUGUUAGUAAGAUGUUCCAUCCAAACGUAUACGCGGAUGGUGGAAUCUGUCUUGACAUACUUCAAAAUCGCUGGAGUCCUACUUACGACGUCUCAGCUAUUUUAACAUCUAUACAGUCGCUUUUGGACGAACCAAAUCCUAAUUCACCAGCCAACUCUUUAGCGGCGCAAUUGUAUCAAGAGAACAAACGGGAGUACGAGAAGAGGGUGGCUACUGUAGUCGAACAGUCUUGGCUGAAUUUCCAAGAGAGUCACACGGAGGAUCCCCGCUGACAUUAAGUAUGCCACCUUCUUGUGACGCGUAAGAGAUCUAACGCAAAGUCCUUUAAUAUAAAAGAUUGCCCCUCCAUCCCAUAUUAUAUAAUUAAUGGGUAAUAUUCGGUUGACACGUUGUGCGUUACAGUUAUGCAAUAUCUCCAUAUUUCGCGCUGAACAUUCCGCGUAUCGAUACACAAUCCAUAGGAUGCGACAAAAGGACUCUGCACGAUUUUCACUCUGUUGUAGAAAAUAAAUAACGGAAAAAAAAAGAAAAAAAGUGUAGCAAGCUGAAAUGGCGUGGAAUCGCACUGUUGACUUAUGUGAUCUUUUACUUAUAAGUACAAUAUGUAAUACGUCUUACUCUUAUAACUAGUUAGGUGUGAGAUGUAAGGAAUAAAAGAAAAUAACGUCCGUGCAAUGUUUCGCCAUAUGUUAGUCUCACAAGCAAGCCGAGUUGCUAUUUUAUAAGUAUAGACGAGCUUGAGAGAAGUACAUUUAUGCUAAAGGAUAUGAAAGUUUAUAAGUCGCUUCUGGAGAGUCUACUUUCACCAUGUAAUGGCGCAAAAUAUAAAAAAAUAGUGUGGUUACUUCUCGUUUUCGAUUUCGUAUCUAUCGAUAGAGCGUCACGCUUGUAUUAGAUUGUAAACAAAUGUCAUAUUGGAUAGUAUUGAAUUAAUAAAUUUUGCAAGAAAGAA